AUGGCUUUGCAUGAAGUAAAUGGCUGUAAACUUGUCUAUUUAGAUAAUGCUGCAACUUCCCAGAAGCCUAUAGCUGUCAUGAAAGCUUCACAAAACUAUUACGAAGAUUACAAUUCAAAUGUGCAUCGUGGAAUCCAUUCGUUAAGUGCAAGGGCAACAGACAAGUAUGAGUUGGCAAGAAAGAAGAUUGCAUCUUUUAUCAAUUUAUCAAAUUCUAGUGAGAUUGUAUUUACAAGAAAUGCUACAGAAGCCAUCAAUCUAGUAGCUUAUUCAUGGGGCCUCCAAAAUUUAAAGCAAGAAGAUGAGAACAAAACAUUAUCUGCAAAUUUCAUUGUUAUCAUGAUAUUUGCCUUAUCUAAUUCCAUUGUUCAUUGGCAACUUGUUGCUCAAAAGACUGGUGCUAUUUUGAAAUUUGUGAGCUUAAGUAAAGAUGAAGUUCCAGAUAUCAACGUGUUGAAGGAAAUGUUUCAGAAUGUCAAAAUGUUUGUUGACACUGCUCCAGAAGUUGAGGCACUGAUGGACACUACUCUAGAAGUUAAGGCACCUAUUAACACUAGUACUUUGCAUGAGACACCUACACUUUCACUUUCUAUUCAUCCUGAGCCACUGAAGAAAGAUGUUAAGUGCAAAUUAUACGUUGGGCAAGGUGGUGUUGUUGUGGCUCUUAGAUGGGUGGUGGCUACCAAAGGCAAUGUACAUGGGAAAAUUUUAGCACUUGGUAACUAUCGCGUGGUUAUUGAUAAAUGUCUAGAUGGGAGUGCGAAACUACCUGUCUCAGUUGGGGAUGGGACAACUCUUGUGGUUCAUGCGGUCAACAGUUUUGUUGCUUGGCCAUCGCAUCUGAUCAUUUCUUAUGAUCAUGAAUAG